AUGGCGGACAAGUCGGACCCGGCGGCUUGUCCCGUCGACCACAAGACGCGCGAUGCAUGGCUCGCCCAAGCCCGCGCCGCCGAAGCCGCAAAGGCCCAGACCCCGAGCGCAGCGUGUCCCGUCGACCACACAUCGCAGGCUUCGCCGCCGUCCAAGUCCUGGACGCAAACGCUCACUUCCUACCUCCCGUGGUCCUCCGGUGCUUCCAGUCCCGCCGCACCCGCGACCUCUGCCUCGCCCGCGCCGCCGCACGGUCAGGGCGCGCUGGGCGAGAACCGCGUCAUCUCGACCAUCCCGCGCUUGGCCACCGGCUCGGCAGCGGCGUCCGCAUGCCCCGUCGACCACGGCGCCUCAGCCAAUGCGCCCAACGCUGAAAUCGAGUCGGGCGUCGACGCCUCCGGCAACUGGGUGUACCCAUCCGAAAAGAUGUUCUUCGAGGCCAUGAAGCGCAAGGGCUACGACGCGCGCGCCACCGAUAUGAAGACCGUGGUCCCCAUCCACAACGCUGUCAACGAGCGCGCCUGGCAGCAGAUCAAGGAGUGGGAGGCGCCGUACCUCGCGCAGUCCAAAUGCGACGGCCCCAAGCUCGAGUCCUUUGCCAACAAGAGCACACGCAUGACGCCCAAAGCGCGCAUCAACACCAUCCUCGGCUACACAGCGCCGUUUGACCGCCACGACUGGGUCAUCGACCGCUGCGGCACACGCGUCGAGUAUGUAAUCGACUUUUACGCGGGCCGCGCCGGCGGCCAAGCCGGCGGGCCAAGCUUCUAUCUCGACGUGCGGCCCAAGCUCAACACUUGGGAGGGCGUGCGCAUGCGCGCCAUGCGCUGGACGGGCCUGGCGUGA